AACACAAAUAAGACCAAAAAAAAAAAAAAAAAAGAUCAUCCUAGAAAAAGAAAACAUCAAAUGUGUCAGCCGCAUGACAAUAUUACAUAUUCCCCCUGUUCCUCUCAAGAUCAUCAACUCAAAAAAUGGAUCCUAGAGACGGCGGAGAAACCCAUCAGGCCAAGUACAAAGGCAUCCGUCGCCGGAAAUGGGGAAAAUGGGUAUCGGAGAUUAGGGUUCCAGGAACUCGUGAACGACUCUGGUUAGGCUCUUUCUCCACCGCCGAAGGAGCUGCGGUAGCCCACGACGUCGCUUUUUACUGCUUGCACCGACCAUCUUCUCUCGACAACGAAGCUUUUAACUUCCCUCACUUGCUGCAACCUUCCCUUGCCUCCAACACAUCUCCUAAGUCCAUACAAAAAGCUGCUUCGGACGCAGGCAUGGGCGUAGACGCAGGAUUCGCCCUAAACAACGACAGCGCGAGUGGUGGCGUGGAGGAAGGCAGCGAACGGGAAACGUUGAACAUCUCCGUGUACGAUUAUCUAGACGACGGUCGCAUUUGAUAUAUUGGUUUAUAUCUACGAGCACCUUAUAUUAGUAAUUAAUAUAGGAUGUGAAUAGAAUUCGUUAUUUUUUUCCAACUUUUGAAUUGUAUUGCCACAUGAGCUUUCAUUUCCCGGCUUAUUUUCU